AUGGCGGGCUCCAAGGUGAAGCAGGACAUGCCUCCCCCGGGAGGCUAUGCCGCCUUCGACUACAAGCGAAAUCUACCCAAAAGAGGACUAUCGGGUUAUAGCAUGUUCGGCAUUGGGAUCGGCAUCAUGGUGUUUGGCUAUUGGAGACUUUUCAAGUGGAACAGAGAGAGGAGGCGCCUGCAUAUCGAGGACUUGGAAGCCAGGAUAGCGAUGAUGCCGCUCAUGCAGGCGGAACUAGACCGCAGAAACCUACGGCUGUUGAGGGAAAAUUUGGAAGAGGAAGCCAUUAUCAUGAAGGAUGUUCCAGGGUGGAAGGUUGGCGAGAGCAUGUUUCACACAGAUCGCUGGGUAACUCCUCUGACCGAGGAGCUUUACAACCUCAGACCUCGUGAAGAGCUUUUACACAAGCGCUUUGGCUUUUUGUGGUACGUUUAA